UUCGCUUCGUGAGUUGUGUCCUAGCGCCAUCUCCAUAUUUUUUUUUCAGAGACCCUUUUGGAUACAGCCCGGUAGGGAAAGGGUUAAGGAGCGGGGGUCCAAAUGCCUCCUCUCCUGCUCGCCAUGACGAACAAAUGAACUCUCGGGGAAUGAAAUUUAAAUUCCACAAAGGAGAAAAAGUCCUCUGUUUCGAACCUGACCCAACGAAGGCUAAAGUUCUAUAUGAUGCUAAGGUCGUUGACGUUGUAAUUGGCAAAGAUGAGCGUGGAAAGAGAGUCCCAGAGUACUUGAUUCACUUCAAUGGUUGGAACAGAAGUUGGGAUCGAUUGGCUGCUGAGGACCAUGUGCUCAGGGAAACCGACGAGAAUCGGAAGUUACAGCGUAAACUGUCUCGCAAAGCUGUGGCUCGCAUGAGGAGAAAGGGAUGGGGGAAGAGACGACGGCGUCUACCUGGUGUUGAUUCGACUCUGAAGACGCUUCCCGAAGAGGAGAAGGAAGAGAGUGAUGACGCGUGCCUGAUUUCGUCUUCUGACAACAGUGACGAGGACGACUCAGAAGAUCCCGAAUCUUUGAAAAGUGAGGAGAGUGACUCCUCUGAAGAUUUGGACAGAAUGGAAGAGCAGGAAUCUCAUGCCAAGAGGGAGAGUGAGGACAAGACCAUCAACAUAGAUAUCCCUGAGGUUCUCAAGAAGAAACUGGAGGACGACUGCUAUUACAUCAACAAGAGGAAGAAGUUGGUGAAGCUUCCGUGCCAGAUGAAUAUUGUGAACAUCUUGGAAUCGUAUGUGAAGCACUUUGCCAUCAAUGCAGCCUUCUCUGCCAACGAGCGGUACAGAAGUCACCAGAGCACCGCCCAGACCAGCCUCAGCCCUCACUACGUCCCUCCAGAGAAGAACGAGGAGCUCUGCAAGGAGAUGGUAGAUGGCCUGAGGAUUACGUUCGACUUCACGCUUCCCAUGAUUCUCUUGUAUCCCAAUGAGCAUGCUCAGUUCAAGAAGGUCACCUCCUCAAAGUUUCUCCUGCCUGUCCGGGACACCACCACAAGUAACUCCAACAAGACCCUGCGCGAGCGCACUCCCAGCCCCCCCGGUCACAACCCCUCCACACCUCAGUCCACAGACAGCCAGCCGGCUCUGAGCGAGGCCUCCACGGCCAACACCGCCGCCACGCCCAAACGUCGCCGCUGCACCUCUGCAGUGACCGACCCCGACGCCCCCCAGUCCCUGCGACGUUCCACGCGCCACACAUCCGGGGGUGAGCGUCUGGCGGGCGAAGGGGGUAGUGCCGCGGCCUCGCCCCAGCCCAAACGCCGCAUGUCCAGCUUCGACACGCCAGCACAACUGCCCAAGUUCUUCCUCAACCUGGAGAAGAAGACCCCGGUCCACAGCGGAUCGUCCUCUCCGUUGCCACUGACGCCCAGCAAGGAGGGCGGCGGUGUCUUCUCCGGCCUGGAGAGCCGACGGAACAACGAGCUCAACGAGGUACUCAGUUGGAAGCUGACCCCCGAUAACUACCCCCAGAGUGACCAACCCCCGCCGCCUUCCUAUCUGUAUGGGUCGCAGCACCUCCUACGCCUCUUCGUGAAGCUACCGGAGAUCCUGGGGAAGAUGCACAUACCGGAGAAGAACCUGAGUGCCCUGGUCAAACACCUGCAGCUCUUCCUCAGGUUUUUGGCGGAGUUCCACGAGGACUUUUUUCCAGAGUCGUCGUAUGUGUCUGCGUCUGAGGCCUACCAUGGCAUGAAGCACCGUCGGCCGGUUUGCUGAGGCUGUUUGCCUGGCCGGCCCUACCUCCAUCCACCUCGCCUUGAACUGCACCGCUGGGAGGGGAGCUUCAAGCUGCUGCUCAGCAAGCCCUCUCCUCCUUCUGCUUAUCUUCUGAGACUGCUCCCCCCUCCCUGUGCUCUAUUGCCGUCUUAAACUCGAGGUAUGCGACUGUUUGGUCAUUUGUUUUGCUAGGCCUGUCGGAAGGAGUAAAAGAAGGGCCUCGUGAUGGGGCCGGUGCUUCGUAUUCCCCCGGGCAGGGGACAAACCCCCGUGGAUGUGGUGGUUGCCAGAAGCAUGGACGUCCACUUCUUGUCGUGCGCCCCCGUUGGGACUGCCUUCCCUGAUGCUGACUGUCUUCUCUCCAUUGCUGUGCUCUUCCUGACCGCAUUAGGCCCUCUGUUCUUCCAGCAGCGUCUGGUCCUUCUCUAACCGUCCACCUCGACAAGCAAAGGCAGAAGAAAGACUUUGAUAUGUUUGUGUUCUUGUUACUAUUGAGGACUGGUUGGCUCUCUUCUCCCUCUCAGCUCAACACGCUUUCUGCUUCAGGCCAUGUUCCAGUGUGUGUUGUCGAUUUUAAUUUAUUUCUAAAUGCUUGUAGAAUCUCGUUGCUCUUGUAAUGUGUCUUUUUCAGGUCCGUUUUAGAGGGAUUCAUGGCCACUGAGUGACCACAUUGCUAUUCUUCAUGAAAUUGCCCAAAAGUUUAAAAAUGGUUAAUUGUAUUGAAUUUCUUGAUCAGUUGAUGCAUUCCUUGCUCUUAUUUUUUAUUUCCUAUCAACUUGUAGACUCAAACAGUAAUGUUAUGCAUAAGAAUGUCAACUUUCCCUUUUCAUUAAUCUUCUCCAAAAUAAAGGUUUGAGCUACACUUUA